GAGUUUUGAACUGAUUAAUUAGGCAGUUAUUAACAAUGUUGCACCCCAUCAUAUUUCAGCCUAUUGGGGGCGAGGACUUACAAAGUCACCAUCUGUCACUUGCCUCCCUUGCGUAGUAUGAGGGAUUGCGUGGCAUGCUCCUCACAGGUUUCGCUUACGGUGCUUAAUAAAAACACCAAGCAGCAGCCCUCCUGGACAUUUCUUGAACGUCACUGCGCGCAGUUGCCGCGAUGGAGUCUCCCGAACAGGCUUCUUGCGUGAAAGGGGAGGACAGUUCGAGCGAGCUUUGGAACGAGGUGGCCGAGCAGCUAGCCGUUGAUCCUUCAGUCACAUUUGACGACUAUGUCCAGUGUGACGAGGCGACAUGGACCUCAGCAGAGCUUACCACUGAUGACAUACUGCAGAGCGCCCAGGGCACGGCGACUCAAGAAGAGGAAUGCAGCGAUGACAUGGAUUAUGACGUUACGGCAGCACCCGAAGACUGCGACGAGUCCGUGUCGGCCACAGAUGUGUUGGACUGCUUGCGAAAACUCCGCAUAUUUAUAGCCAAAAGCGGGACAGCGACCGAAGACGUGCAUAAGAAUGCGGACUGCGUGCUGCAGAGUCUGUAAUGCACCCAUCAGAAGACGAUCACAGACUAUUUCAAAUAAAUGUGCCUUGUCUGA